CAAUAUUUACAUGUGAAGAGACCGGAGGAAUUCCAGUUAUUUAAAUAAUAUAUCAACAAAUAGAAGAACAAAUUUUGUGAUAAAAACAUGAAACCAAAACCAAAACGGGAGCGCCAAAAACUUUUACCUUAUAUACUACAAAGUACUUGGUAAUUAGUUGUUAAUUAGUUUGUUCAGCGGACUAUGACCACGGGUCAAAUUCUUAUAAUUGUUACGUAGAAAGGGGUUGAUAUGAACUUACGAGGAUUGUAAACAAGACAGUUCACGGGACCGUGAAGAACUCGUUUCACCGUACAACUUUGAAUGACAUAUGAUCAUAUCUCGCUAAGGAGUAAAGAGAUAUAUAUAGGUGUUUUUGUUCAUGGAAAUACGAUGUAGAUUUAUCUGUUGAAAUUCAUCUUUUAUUUUGAAUUGCUCAUUUCGUUGGAUUUUAUUUUUUAAAAUGUGGAAAUUUAUUAUUUUAUACGUUUUAGUUAUAAUUCUUUCAUUUGGAAUAGUGCAGUGUGAUGAGUGUGGUGGACAACCUGAUGUUGCUGUUAUAGUUGUUGCUAGUGUUUUUAGUACAUUAGCUGUUGUUUUACUUAUAUUUGGAAUUAUUUUCUUUAUAUUGUGGAAAAGGAGGAGAGAUCUUUUAAAGCCUCAGUCCACACCAAUAAAAAAGAAUAGAUUAGUUGAAGAGAGAGAUAGUGCAUCACCUGAUGUAGGACAUACCAAUCCAGGGUUCAAUGACAGUGACAUUCCUGUAGAUAUAAGUUUAGCAGAAGAAGGUGUUGGUGGCUACAUACAAUGUCAGGAAUACACAUCACCUGCCAAGAAAAAGUCUCCAAAGCUAUCUUCUGGUGAGGGACCAUCACAUAAACCCUGGUCAUCACUACCAACAUCAGACAUUCCGCCAGGCUUACAGAGAAAUGGGUCAGUUGGAUCUUUUGAUGAUACUUUCUUUGGAGUGGACCCAGAGGUUAGCAGUGUUUGGCUGCAGAGUCAGGAUUUCAUUGGUCUUGGAUUUAAUAUAGCUGGCAGCAUGAGGGAUGGUAUAUUUGUCAGUCAGGUUCACAACAGGGGACCAGCUGUAGAGUCAGGACAAUUUAAAGUUGGUGACCGCAUUUUGAGUGUAACCAUUUCAUUUGAGAACAUGGUGUAUGAAGAUGCACUUACUAUUCUUAGUUAUGCUUCACCAUAUCCUGUAAGAGUCACAUUGCAAAAAGAGAAACUUGUACGUAAAGAUCGUCGUGUCAGUGAGUCCCCUUCUACUCUUAGUCAUCCUUUGUAUAGAAGUCAGUCAAUGGAUACAUUAAAGAAAAUGAGGAAAGAUUCUACAUUGAUGCCACAAAGGAGCUUCAGUGAAAUGAGGCCAGAAAAAAAGAAGGAAAAUCAUCAGAGGUCAUCAGCUGUAGCGUCUUUUUCUGCUAAAGGGGAGGCUUUCCCUACAAUUCAAGAAAAUGGAAGUAAGAAUGAUUUAAAGUUAACAAAUGGUAGUGAUGUCUUCAAAGAAACAGUAGUGACUGUAGAAAGAGAACCAACUAAUGUGAAUAUCCCAUCAGUCACUGUAAAUAUGGUGGACGGAAAUGAAAAACAUGACACAUCAAAUGCAACAGCUUUUGCUGCAAAUUUGUUUGAUAAACUGAAUGAACAAGAUAAGCUAGAUAUGUUGAGACUAAGUUAUGAAGAUCCAAAUGAUGACUCAAACAAUAGUAAAGUUGUUGUUUCAUCUGCUGAAACUUCAUUCACUGAAACUCCCAAGUCAGUGGGUUCUUUAGACUUAGAUGCAGUUGUUGUGGAAUCAAAAUCUGCUCCAAUCAAACCAGAAAGGAGGAAAAAGAGCAGGUCUAGUGGAAGCAGUGUAACGUCAAGUGACAUUUCUAUCAGUCCAAGAGUUAGUUCAUUACAGUCACCAGACAGUGAAGUAGUACAGGAAGUGUUCACGGACACAGACAUACCGUUAUCAGAAUCACAACCAAAGUCCUCUGUAUUUAUAGAUGAAGUAUCUGAGGAAAUUAUCACACCUGCAAUUAAAGAUAGGAAUUUUUCAGUCAUGAGUGACAAAAUUGAAUUCAGUGAUGUGGAUAUUACUGAAAAAAAUGAUACCUCAAGAUCAUCACCGGAUAUUGGCAGCCUAACACUUGUGGAUUACAGCUUGUCAGACAUGGAAAGUACUCUGAGACCGACAACUCCUGAUAAUAGACCUAUUGUUGAUGAGGAACUUAUUACUCCAGAGCAAUCAAAGAAAGAUUCUUCUGGUCAGUCAUUGUCAAAUAUGAUAGCAUUUAAAGGAACCCCUACUGAAAAUGGUGAAAAUUCAAGUAUAGGAUCAGAUGUAUGUAAUGAUACAGUAAUUAAAGCAUCCAAUAGCAGUUCAUCAUUGUCUAGCUCAGGUGAUGAAAAAAAUGAAUCAAAAUUACAAAAUACCUCAGAAGUUGACUUUAAUGUGACAGCAUCAAACCCAAGCUUGUUUUCUACACCAUACCCAAGCAGGAAUAUGAAAGAAAAAAUAAGUGGUAUGUCUUAUGAUAUAUCUAUGAAUGAAUUAAAUGAUAUAGAAACUCAAAUGAGCCAAAAAUCAAAACAAGGAAAGGAUUUACAAAAAAGAGGCAUAGCUUUUGAAGUGAGGGAUGAUUUUACGACUGGAUCAGUGAGAACGGUUGCCGUUGAUUCAAAAUCACCAUCUGUUUUGAGGACAAUGUCUUGUUUUGAUAAAAUUGGAAAUUUAGAACAGUUUGAAAAUACAAUGCAAAUGACAAGAACAGGUUCUUUCACAGAAAAUGUGAAGAAAGAUACCACUGACAAUUUGUUAGAGUGGUCAGGAAAAAGGUUAGUUAGGUCAGGUUCAUUUUCUGAUAUUCCACAGGAUGAUUCGGUUAAAGAUUGGCGAGAUCAUAAUGUAAUUGAUGAUAGCGAUACCAUUAACUCCCGUACGAAUGAAGAUAUUAUUUCAUCAAAUGAUAGUAUCAAUGAGGAUGAAAAUGAACAAAAAGGACUGAAAAAAUCAAAUUUCUUUCGAGCAAGAGAAAAUUUAGCAAACUUGUCGGACAAUUCUGAAUCACUGCAGUCAUUACAGUCUUUGACAGAAUCGUCAAGUCGUAGUUCAACACCACCACCUCCAUAUACUGCCAAUGGGAAGGACAAUGGUCUCGGUUCUUCUCCAGAUUCCAUCAAACUGCCCAAUAAUUUAUCAACAACCGAUGUAAUUUUCAAUACUGAUAGUGACAAUAAUAUUAUUCCAGCUGUAAAAAUUGAAAAUAAAGAAAACAUUCGUGUGUCAGUUUCCACUUCGGGACAUGAUGAUGACACAGACUGUUAACUUUACCAAUUACCUCAUGAACUGUUCAUUUGGGUUAAAAUAUUUGGGCAUAAAUGUUAAAACCUAUAAUCAUAGUAGAAAACUUUAUGUUUGGAAAAGUCUUACGGUGCUGUUCAAAAUAUGCAUAUUGUUGUAUUGAAAUACUAACAAUUUAUAAAUCUGUUUCAGACAUUUUCUUGUUGGAUGUUUUAAAACUUUAUAAAUACCCACCAAUAUAUUUCUCCUACUUAUAGUACUCUAAAUUGUGCAAAUGAAAAUCUACUUGCAUCAUACAAAGAGUUCCAUUCUGUGGCUAUUAUAUGUCGGUUUUGGUAAUAUCUGUAUGUGUAACUAUGUGUUGCUCAUGGACUUCUACCUCAUUUCAACAUCCAUUUAUAAUUGUAUUGGUGAUUAUAUUUUCUGCAGCCAAAUAAAGGAUGGCAUAGAAUAAAUUACAGCUGAAACAAAAGGAUGAACUUUUUUAAGAUCAGAACAAAGCAUUGUAUAAUAUUCUAUGAACUGGUGUGAAAUGUUAAUUAAAGAAACAAUUGUUUCUUUUACAUUUGCAUUACAAAGGGUAUUGAAGAUAAACAACACUUCUAUAGUGACUUUAUCAUACUAAUGCUGGCAAAAUUUACAUUUUUAUUUAGCUAAUUAAAGUAUUAAAGAAUGUUUGCAGAAAAGUUAAACACCAUCCAGUAUGAAUUGUUUCAGGGUGAUAUUCUAAGUGAUUAUGACAGUAAACAUUUUGAAAUUGUUCAUACUCAAAUUGUAUCAUAUAUAUAUUGUAUAUUUAAUUAUCCAAUGUAUAAUUUUUUUUAUAGUAUUAAUGGUACCAUUUCUCCCAGAAAUAGGAUCCUGUUUUAAAAUCUAUGCAAAAGUCAAAAAAUCAUAAUAUAUAAGCUUUUAGGUGAGACCCCAGGUUUUUACUUUAAUUGAUGAGUCACAUAUACAUUUUAUUUGUUAAAGUUAUAUGCCAGUAUAAUAAACAAAAUUUAAGUACUUUUUCAUUGCAUUUUGUUUUUAGUUUUUGCUUAAAUUUUAUAAACAUUAGCAUUGCUUUUCGAUAUUCUUUGCAUGUUUCAGUGAAACUGAAAGGCCUUGUAAUUUGUAAGUUAAAAAGACUCUACUAAGACAUUUUUCACUAAUGCAAAAGGACAAAUUACAUACCUGAACCUUUUUAUUAUUUAAACAAUUUUUUCCUCAGUAGAGGAGGAUCACUGGAUAAUUUCCCUUUAACUACAAAUGGGAUUUUAUAAAAAUUAGAAUUUGAAAAUUGACAUCAUAUGCAUGUUUAAUCAAUGUUAAAAAUAUUAAUAUAUAUGGUGCUUAAUUUGUUAUAUAUAAAUUCACAGGGUAGUUUGUUCUUCUGAGAAAGACAUUUAUUCUCUGUUUUAUAUUUGAUUAAAGCUAUCAUGGUUGACAUCCCUGUUUGCUACAGCUAGUAUACAAAAACAUUUUUGUUAUGCCAAAUCAUUUCAGCAGUGCUAUUUUAUAUUGUCUUGUUUAAGUAUUUAUAUUCUGUUCAUGUUUUUGUAAUUAUGAAUUGUAGAUAGCUGUUUAAAUUGUAGAUUAAUUAUUAAUUUGUAUAUUAGUGUAAAUCUUAUAAUCUUAUAAUAUUAAGUGCAAUACUAUAGUCAAUAUAUAUACAUAUUUUGCAUUUUAACAUCAGGUUGUUUUAGUUGUUUAUCAUGCAUAUAUACACAUUUAAUGAAAUGGAUAAAAUAAUUUGAAAUAUUCAACCAAUAUUGAGCAACAAAUGUUGAAUAUUAAGAAUACACAGAUUUUUAAGAAAUGGAAAACAAAUAUGGAGGUAUUUUUUUAAAAUCUUUUGUCACAUUCCAUAAUAUUUAAUACUUAUUUUUUUAUGCUUAGACAAUUUUUUUUUUAAAUUUCAAUCAUUUGUUCUAAAGUUUUAUUUAAAAUAUUGAUUUAAUUCUGUUUUUAAACCUCAUUUAAUUCCAGUUGUCAUUAUUGCUCAUUUUUUUAUAUUUAUUUUACACAUUUGUUUUAAAAAAUUUAGACCAAACAUUAGAUAUUAGUAUUCCAUGACUAUUAAAUAGCAAUAUGAGGGUUAUUGUAAGUCGUAUAAUUUCAACUUGUAAAAACAAUAUUUUUUAAUUGGGUUUUAGGUUGUAUUUGUGAAAAGAAUGACUCAUUGUUUUGUUGUUUUGAGUUAACUUUUUGAGAUCUAGUGUUUUGAAACAGGGUUAUUCUGCAGUUUUUAAUUGAAAUAAUUUUUUUUAUCUUUUUCAAGGAAUAUUAUUUUUUUAAUUUGCUAUUCCAGAAAAAAAGAAUGUGUAAUUUUAUUGGACUAUAGCCAGUAAUGUCCACUUUGUUCAAUAAAUGUCAGUAUAUGAUGUUAUGAAAUUUUAGAUUCUCGUUAUUUUUCCCCAGCAAAAAUACUCACUUGGAUAUAGACAAACAAUUCAGAAUUAUUAGUACAGUCAAAAUAUAAUUUAAACUAUGAUAUAUGUAUUAGUAUUUGAACAGUUUAUUUGUGGGGUUCUGUAACUUUUCAGGAAAAAAAACAAAUAAUUUGCAUAGUUACUGAUCUUAUAUGUAUUUUCUGGUACAUGAGGGACUUAAAAUUUUUCAUUAUGAUUUAGAUACAGAUUGUUUAAUAAUUCAAAAGCCAAUCAUUUGAUAGUUCAUGGAUUCUAUUUUUGUUAAUAUUAAGUAAUUUAAUAGUUCCAGAAGUAAUUUUGAGUUUGCUCCUAAAAAGUUUGAAUGAUUAUAUUUGGUGAAUGUAAUUGUUAUGAUUUUUUUUUUUUUUUUGCUAUCUUAUAAAUAUAAUACAGAUAUCAUACACGAACCUUAUGACAUAAUUUUGUCCGUUGACACAGUUUUUUUCUUUCUUAAUAUGUUAAAGCCUUUUUGUAGAUGCUGUUUAAGGAUUUUUUUAGGGGUAAUGAGAAUCUAAACAAAAAGAUUUUUUAAUAAACAACGAAAAAACCCAUUUUAUUAACUGUAUAGCAAUGACAAUGUAGAUAAAUAUGUUAUAUUUACAAUAUUUGUGUAUCAUGACAAAUAAAACAUACUCAGGUU